CCAAGGGCAACGACCUCAUGUUGGUGAAGCUUCAGGAACCAGUGACUCGGACCAGGGCAGUGAAGUGGCUCAAGUUUGGCAACACUGUGAGAGACCCGGCAGCUGGCAGCACGUGUCUGGUGGCUGGAUGGGGACGAACCGAAACAAAACGACCAUCAGACGUCCUCAUGUCUGUCAAUGUGACUGUGGUCGGCAGGCAGAAGUGCAACUCUGGUGAUUAUUACAACCACGACCCUGUUAUCACUGAUGACAUGAUAUGUGCUGGUUCAAAUGGUACAAACGUCGCUGAUACCUGUCAGGGGGAUUCAGGAGGGCCGCUGUUGUGCGAUGGAAAGCUGGUUGGAGUCACUUCUUUUGGACGGGGUUGUGGUGUCAUUAAAAAACCUGGAGUCUACUCGUUUGUCUCAGAGGGACAACUACAGUGGAUCAAGAAGACAAUGAAAUCAUUCUAAAUGUCAUGAAAGCACAGGCGUCACUCUGCACGAGCAAGAUGAGAACCUUUGAUGGUUCAUGGUAAAUCUGUCAGUGCUGUGUCUGUAGACCAUUCUGCAUUUGAUCAUUUUAGUGUUUCUCUUACAUUUCAUUAUAUUUUAGCUUCUGCUUUGCUAUAAUUGUUACACACUCUGCGCAUAUACAGUAUGAUAGCAGCCCUCUGUUGGUUAGUCCAUUACUGCCAUUGAAGGAACUUAAAGCAGGCACAAUGUGGCACAAACAUUAACUGGACCCCAAACCAUCUGGGGGGGGGGUUAUCAGCUUCCUGAUACAAGCUGCAAAUUCCUGCUGCAGGAUUUUGCAGGAUUUAUUUUCAUUUUGCUCUCUUCAAUCAGAGAGAUUCACCACCUCCUGUAUUAUAUUCUUUCUUAUUUCUGCACGCUUUCUCAUUUGUUCAUUUCUCAUUCCAAUUAUUUGUGCUAAAAAACCA